AACUUAAAUCCCGAGCCGCGCGCACCUGGUCCAGAACCGCCAGCUGCUGUAAGCUCAGUCUUGUCUGCGCAUCUCCGACGGCUGCUGGAGGAGAGGUUGGAAGACCUCGCUCAUCUCCUGAUGUGUAUCAGCCAAGAACCUGUGAGGUGCUGUUCCUUGGGGAUCACCCUGCCCCUGCUUGGGAUGGUGUGUCCUCAUUAGUGAGGUUUUGCCUGGAUGACCUCAGUACAAUUGGUGCAACACCUGGACCAACUGUUUCCUAGUUUCCUAGUUGUUGCCUUAAACUUCUCACCCGUCAGGUUUUUGAAAUAUGAAUCUUUCACUCAUCCUCGCUGCCUUUUGCUUGGGAAUAGCCUAUGCUGCUCCAAAAUUUGACCAAAAUUUAGAUACACAGUGGUAUCAGUGGAAGGCAACACACAGGAGAUUAUACAGCACGAAUGAAGAAGGCUGGAGGAGAGCCGUGUGGGAAAAGAAUAUGAAAAUGAUUGAACUGCACAAUGGGGAAUACAGCCAAGGGAAACAUGGCUUCACAAUGGCCAUGAAUGCUUUUGGUGACAUGACCAAUGAAGAAUUCAGGCAGGUGAUGAUUUGCUUUCGAAACCAGAAACACAAGAACGGAAAAGUGUUCCGUGGGCCUCUGCUUCUUGAUCUCCCUAAAUCUGUGGAUUGGAGAAAGAAAGGCUACGUGACUCCAGUGAAGAAUCAGAAACAGUGUGGUUCUUGUUGGGCGUUUAGUGCUACUGGUGCUCUUGAAGGACAGAUGUUCCGGAAAACGGGGAAGCUUGUCCCACUGAGCGAGCAGAAUCUGGUGGACUGUUCACGUCAUCAAGGCAAUCAGGGCUGCAAUGGUGGCUUCAUGAAUUAUGCCUUCCGGUAUGUGAAGGAGAACGGAGGCCUGGACUCUGAGGCAUCCUACCCAUAUGAAGCAAAGGAUGGAAUCUGUAAGUACAAACCUGAGAAUUCUGUUGCUAAUGACACCGGCUUCGUGGUGAUCCCUAAUCAUGAGAAGGAACUGAUGAAGGCAGUUGCAACUGUGGGGCCCAUCUCUGUUGCUGUUGAUGCAAGCCAUUCGUCCUUCCAGUUCUACAAAUCAGGCAUUUAUUUUGAACAAAAGUGCAGCAGCAAAAACCUAGAUCAUGGUGUUCUGGUGGUUGGCUACGGUGUUGAAGGAGCAAAUUCAAAAGACAACAAGUAUUGGCUCAUCAAAAACAGCUGGGGUCCAGAAUGGGGCUUGAAUGGCUAUAUAAAAAUCGCCAAAGACAAGAACAACCACUGUGGAAUUGCCACAUCAGCCAGCUACCCCAUCGUGUGAGCCGAUGGAUGGUGAGGAAGAAGGACUUAAGGACAGCAUGUCGGGGGAUUUUUAUCUUGAAACCAAACGCUUAUUGUGUAAGAUGAACCGCUUGAAUCAUUGAGGAUCCAAGUUGUGAUUUGAAUUCUGUGACAUUUUUACAAGGGUAAAAUGUUACCACUACUUUAUGAUAUUGAAGACUCAUUACUUAAUUCUGACUUGUGAAUUUUCAUUUUUUAAAAAGAUAUACAAAACAGUUUAAAAUAAAUUUUAAUUCAUAUGUAAAGGUG